AUGGCGCCACGUAAGAAGACUGAAGAAAAGGCCUCAGCCAAUGAAGCAGCAGAUAUGGUGCUACUCUACCUGCGCAAGCAGAACCGCCCGUACUCUGCCAUCGACGUCUCAGCAAAUCUGCACAACAAAGUAACCAAAGCUGCCGCAGCAAAAAUUCUCAAGGAUUUACACGAGCAAAAGUUGAUUGAGGGACGGACGGCAGGGAAGCAGAUUGUAUAUCAUGCUCUCCAGGACGCAGCAGACACAUGUACAACGGAGCAACUCGCAGCCCUCGAGACCGAAAUAGCCAAUCUGCGCGCGCAAACCGCCGCUCUAAACGCCACGGCCAAGACGCUACGGUGUACGCUUGCGUCUGUGACGUCGACGCUGAGCACGGCGGAUUUGAUUGCAAAUGUGGAUUCGUUGGAGAAGGAAAAGGCGGAGAUUGAAAAGAGGCUGGAUGGGUUGAGGAAGGGGAAGGCAAGGAUGGUUACACCAGCGGAGCGUCAGGCGAUUGAGCAGACGUGGAGGGAGAGCAUGAGGACGGCUAAGAAUCGAGAGAAGAUUGCGCGUGAAAUGUGGAAGAUUAUUGCGGAUAACUUGCCGGAUGAUGAGGCGAGAGAGGAGCACAGGGAGAUGUUUGAUUUGGAUGGGUAG